GAUGUCUGAUGUUGACCUGUCACCUUUUGAUCCAAGCCAGGAGCCCACUUUCCCAGCAGAGCUGCAGAUCAAGUUUGAGACUCUAAAUGGAUCACGGAAGUUUCAAGGCCGCCGGUCAGUCUGGUUUAGACCAGCCAACCUUGAUGAGGCCCUGAAGCUUAAAGCGGAACACCCGCACGCUGUCUUUGCCUCGGGAUUUACAAAAAUAGCGCUGGACAUGAAAACACAGCAGGCCCCACCUACUCAUCUGAUUGCUAUUGGGCAUCUGAAGGACCUUGCCCAGAUUAAGUGGACCGACGCUGGUGUCACCGUGGGUGCGGCCGUUACCCUCAAUGACCUUGAGAAUCUGUGUCUGACUGCAAUUUCCAAACACGCAGUACAGAGCAUCCUUCAGAUCCUAAAGUGCGAGUAUUUCAUGUAUUGUUAGAGACACUACAGAGGUACG